CCUGGGUAUCUACCAUAUUUCUUAACAUUCUAACUUUGAUUAUUAAGAGUAUAGAUUUCAGCCGAACUAUUUUUUACCUAAAAGACAAAAUGACUAGCAACAACGGACCUAAACCCCAAAUAAGUGUACGAGAAACUUUGAUCCGAACAAAGACUGAGACGCCGCCAAAAGGGUCUGGGUCAAAACGAGUAGGCUUUCUUCGAAACCUAUUUCAAAAACUCGGAUUGGAUAAGAAAAAGCCACAAAGAGGCAUAGUCUUACCCGAACGCACUGACUUUGAGGUCGAGGUCGAGGACGCUAGCUUUCCCGCUGUUGACGUGUUUGAUGAUCCUACUGAAUCCUUCAUAAGAUCAGAUGGUACACCACUAGUGCGCGCAAGAUCGGUGCCAACGACAAAUUAUCAUAGCACUCAGGUUCUAUGGGAAGAUGGGAGCACAAAUUACUCAUUCCAGUGGAAGCCUCGCAAGGUAACAUCCAUUGGAGAUGUUCAAAAUCCAGAAAUCGAAAGCCGUAUGGAACAUCUCAUUAUGCGUUGUGCCAUGGAUGGGUAUGAAGUAACCCCCCAGGAGUCUUAUGACGUGCUAUUAUUAGUAGAAGGUGCUGUUGACGAGGCUGUUGAAUAUAUGAAGGUGUUGAGAGAUUUUGAUAGUUAGCCCUAUCUACCGAAUGUCUAUUAUUAGAAUAGCAUUAACUAUAAGGUCAAGUAAGGUUGAUCUGUUCAAGGUAUGUUAGAUUAGGUAGAAAACCCCCUCGUAGAGCGGGUCGUUUUAACGCAGUUGGUUUAUUUCACACGAAGUGUUGUAUUC